AGGUUAGGGUUUAGUGUAAGGACGUCCCAAGGAUCCACGUUAGCACUCAGCAUGAACAUGGUGGGUGUGUCCUAACCAACCGUUCUAAGUUUUCUUAGCUAGGUAGCCUUUUAAAAUGCCCGAACUCAAAACGCUUCUUUUUCCAAGAUGGCGUCGAUGAAGGAUAGCGAUACCGGCCUGUGGCUCCAUAAUAAACUAGGAUCAACAGACGAACUUUGGGCGCCUUCUAGUAUUGCUUCACUCCUCACCGUUUCAGUUAUCGACAAUAUACGGUUGUGUUUUUCGAGUUUGUCGCCCCCAGUAAAGCUAAAAAUCUUGCUCGGGAUGCUGCAUCUUCCGAGGCGGACUGUUGAUGAGAUGAAGGAGGCCCUAUCAGAGAUCAUCCAGCUGGCCACGGUGGACUCUGAGCCCUGGGUACUGAUGGUGGCAGAUAUCCUUAAGUCCUUCCCAGAGACAGGCUCUCUCAACCUGGACCUAGAGGAGCAGAACCCUAACGUACAGGACAUCUUGGGCGAGCUCCGGGAGAAAGUGAGUGAGUGUGAGGCGUCAGCCAUGCUCCCUCUGGAGUGCCAGUACCUGAACAAAAGCGCCCUGACCACCCUGGUGGGCCCACUCACGCCCCCCGUCAAACACUUCCAGCUCAAGAGGAAGCCCAAGAGCGCCACCCUCAGGGCAGAGCUGCUGCAGAAAUCCACAGAGACGGCUCAACAGCUGAAGAAGACAGCGGGAGUGCCUUUCCAUGCAAAAGGAAGAGGCCUGGUCAAGAAGAUUGACACCACCACACCCCUCAAGGGGAUCCCCAAAGCCCCAUUCCGCAGCCCCACCACCCCCAGUAUGUUCAGCCCGCCGAGCAACCGCACACCCAUAGCCCCCGCACGGACGCCCCUGCGCAAGGAGAGGGGAGUCAAGUUGUUAGACAUCUCAGAGCUCGAUAUGGUGGGAGCUGGUAGAGAGGCAAAGAGGAGAAGAAAGACUUUGGAAACAGAGGCUGGGGAGAAAGCUGCCAAAGAGGAGGCUGUGGUGGAGAAUGCUACACCAGACUAUGCUGCUGGACUGGUGUCUACACAGAAACUGGGUGCGUUGAACAACGAGAGCGCCCUGCCGUCUACGAGUUACCUGCCUGCUACUCCCAGUAUGGUCCCCUCCUCCUCCUACAUUCCCAGUUCAGAGACGCAGCCAGCGAAUGCGGGUGGUGCAGGGCGCGACGCCCUGCAGUCGGGUCGACAGCCUGAGGAGUCGGCCACGCCUAGCGCUGCCGCCACCACCCUCCCCGGCCAGUUCAAACAAAGGACGCCCAUGUACAAUGCCGGCAACACGGCCGCCAGCCCCACCGCCCCCGCCUCCCCCAACACGCCAGCCAGCACCCCUGCCAGCAGCAACGGCCCCCCAGCUGCCGCCAUUGCCACACAGCCCGAGACCCCAGCCACACAGCCCCCCGCUACCCCCCAGCCCAGCACGCCCCAGCCCAAAAAGAACCUCUCGCUCACUAGAGAACAGAUGUAUGCUGCUCAGGAAAUGUUCAAGACCGCUAACAAGGUCACCAGACCAGAGAAAGCUCUCAUCCUGGGCUUCAUGGCCGGAUCCAGAGAGAACCCGUGUCCGGAGCAGGGCGACAUCAUCCAGAUCAAGCUAAGCGAGCACACCGAGAUCCUGCCCAAGGCGGACGGCACGGGCAGCACCACCAUGCUGGUGGACACGGUGUUUGAGAUGAACUACUCCACAGGACAGUGGACCCGCCUCAAGAAGUACAAACCAAUCACCAACACCUCCUGAGGUGGCUGCUGGCCUGCCUGCCGGGACUAAACACACACAUAUACAUACACAUUUACCUACACACGCAGGCCAUAUCCUACUCAGGUGGCCAGGGACUUGUCAUACUCACACACUUGUGCAAAUACACAUGGGCCAAAUCCAGCCCGUGAGAGGGGCUGGAGAGUGGGGGAUCAGAUACCUCUUUCUCAAAGUUCCUUCAUUGCCAAAAGGCAGGGACCCUCAAGACUCGUUUCCGUUGGUUCGUUUCUUCUUUUCUGUUUUAGUUAUGUCCCCUCCGAUUCCUGAACAUUUGUGUGUUAAAAGUCCUUAUACCUUCUUUUCAUAAGAUACCUGUCAAGACCUGCUUUACUAUGAAAAGGUACAAGCAUGCCACAAAAUAUUACAACUGUCCGUGUUUUUCAUUGUGAGAAUGACAUUUACUGUAUUCUUCCUACUUCGUCUGAGAAAAUGUAAAAAACUAAAGAGCCCAACCCAUCAGUGAAAAUGUGACAGAGAGGGGUGAUGGGUUUCCUUUUUGCUGUGAAAUUCUGUUUUGAAAAGUUCCGGGGAAUGUCUCGUUUUUUUUCCAUCCUUACCAAGAAGGGAAGAAAAAUAAAGCGAAAAAUGUUCCGA